AUGGCUGCUCGUGGCAAGCGGAGGCGAGGCAAAAAGAACAAGGGAACGAGCCAGGCUGGUAAAACCCACCUGCAGAAUGGCAAACCGAAUUCCUACUCGCUGCCCAAGUCUCAACCAGCCCAGAAGCAACCCUCCGGUGCCAAGCAGCACGCUCCCCAGGCGAAGCAAACGCUUCCGUGCGAUUCAGCUAGUCCAGCAGACCGUAGGAACUGGAAAGCCUAUUUAAAGUCUCUUCGGAGAGACCGACAGUUGGAACACCUCAUUGGCAAUGGUCGAGCGGCUUUCGAGCUCUUCCGCAAGGAGAUGAUCGUGUGUCGCAACGAUUUCAAGUAUGUCCUUGGGGGUAUGGACGACAGACUGAGAAAGCUCGAGGAAAUGGUCCUCCCGGAUGCGGACCAUGGCAACGCGGAUUUAGGGGAUACACUUCAUCACGACAUCUACGAAGACCCCGACUUUGACAGCUACGAAGCCCCGGACGAUAUGGAAGAAGAGCGCUUCAGCGAGGCCUUCGCAUCAUUCUGCGACGACUACUGA